GUAGCGUGGUACACGCUGGAACGACUCUUCGCGAAAAAGCGAGUCGUGAUAAAAGCGUUGUUAACACCGCUACGAACCUUGAAGUCCAUUAAAUGGGACAAACUGGAGAGCAUCGAGCAGGUCACCAUAGGCAUUCGUCAGACAGUGGAAGCACUGCAACGAUGGGAAUGUCCAGUAGAUCAAUGGGGCAAUCCUAAGGCAGGGGCACUGCAAUCUAUCCAGGCAAAACCUCAAGGUCAGAAGGUGGAGAAACCGCACUUCAAGAAGUCUCGAGUGCGUUCUCAUGCGAGCACGUUGGAGGAGGCGACUGAGGAGAAUUCCUUAGCCCCGUGCUUGUUCUGCACCGAAAGGCACUCCCUGGGAAACUGUGUCCAAUUUCAAAGGUUGACGGUGGUAACUGGGCUUGGGGGUGGACGGACCGCGGACAUAAAACAUAGUGUAGAGGUAAGACUGAGUUCAGUGGUGACCAAUGCACCGCUGGUAAAAGCGAGUGCAUUCGUGGUUCACAAAAUUACCGACUACAAGCCGCCGAUGACAAGCCUCCCUCUGAAUGGAUUAUUCAAGGACGUAAGACUUGCAGAUCCAGAGCCUGCGGCAAACGAGCAAAUCGAUGUACUGCUGGGAGCCGAAGUAUACGCGCAAGUAAUAAGAGAAGGAAUCCGUCGGAUCGACGAUCAUUCUCCGAUCGCGCAAAAUACCGUAUUCGGUUGGGUGCUCUCCGGACCCUGUAAAGGCGCAACAUCCCAGAAUUCGGUACGGACGUUACAUUGCAACGUUCUAGAAUCGCUGGACAAAGCGAUUCGUCGAUUCUGGGAAUUAGAAUCUGUACCAAUGAAGGUACAGAAAACGAAGGAAGAAGAAGAGUGCGAUGCACACUUCUUGCAAACGGUGCAGCGAACAACGGACGGUCGUUUCGUUGUUCGUCUUCCGUUUAAAAGAUCGCAUCCGGAAUCGGAGCUGGGAGAUUCGCUAAGAAGCGCUCUCUCUGCGUUAACGCGACUCCGGAAAAAACUGGAUGUCGAUCAGACCCUCGUAAAAGAAUACGAUGAUUUCCUGGCGGAGUAUGAGGCCUUGAAACAUAUGACGAGAUUGAGAUCAAUCGAAUCGUCACGGCUGUACAUUCCGCACAGGGCCGUAAUUCGUGAGGAAAGUGCAACCACGAAAUUACGAGUGGUCUUUAAUGCGACGAGUUCCACAGCGAGCGGAUGCUCGCUGAAUGACCUUCUUCAUGUCGGGCCGAAGCUACAACGAGACAUGACCAUUAUUUUAACGAAUUGGAGAUUGUAUCAAUUCGUAAUGGUCGCGGACAUUGAGAAAAUGUUCCGUCAAAUUCUCGUGGCCCCGGAAGAUCGUCGCUUUCAAUGCAUAGUUUGGCGUGCACCAAAAACUGAGCGUCUCUCAGCUUUUGAAUUAAACACCGUAACGUAUGGUACGGUUUGUGCCCCAUACUUAGCUAUGCGGACACUACUCGAACUUGUACGCGAGGAGGGAAAAGAUUUUCCUCUCGCAGUACCAGUGAUUGAGAAAGACGUCUAUGUUGACGACGUUUUCUUAAGUGCACCUGAUAAAAGCCGAUUGGAAUGUAUUCGGAAACAGGUGUGCCAGCUGUUAUCCAAAGGAGGAUUCCCUUUAAGGAAGUGGGCAGGAAACUCAGAGGAUUUACUGAGGAACAUUCCAAAAACGGAGCAUUCCCACGCAGUGGAUCUCUCGUUAUUUGAGGAUUCGGAACUGAAAGUUCUUGGACUGCGAUGGGUACCAUCGGGUGAUUAUUUCUAUUUCAAUUUGACGCGAUUCCAACCGUCAGCCACCUCUCCAACAAAGAGAUCUUUGUUUUCGGAGAUCGCGAAACUGUAUGACCCUCUCGGUUGGCUUUCACCGGUGGUCAUUCGCGCGAAAGUGUUGAUGCAGUCACAGUGGCUGGAAAAAAUCCACUGGGACGAUAAUGUGUCAGUUGCCACUCACAGAACGUGGAACUCAUUCUGUGAGGACUGGGCAAAAUUGAAUGAAUUGCGUAUUCCCCGAUGGGUAGGAGUCGAAGAGGAGGUCAUCUCCCUGGAGCUGCACGGAUUUUGCGAUGCAUCUUUGGCUGCGUAUGCAGCCGCCGUGUAUCUCCGAGUGACGACGGCUAAAAACGGUGUUAAAACAUCGUUGUUGAUGGCCAAGUCGCGAGUCGCUCCGAUUAAAACGCUCACGGUCCCAGUUCUGGAAUUGAACGGGGCCCUCCUCCUUGCUGAACUGCUCCAGCAUAUCACGAAUGCACUUGCGGUCAAAGUGCAGCGUGUUUGUUGCUGGACAGAUUCAACGAUAACGUUGGCUUGGUUGAGGAAACACCCGUCAACAUGGAAAAUUAUAAUCGCCAAUCGAGUGUCGAAAAUACAAACGGCUUUGCCGACUGCGAUUUGGAGGCACGUUCCAACUCGCUCCAACCCAGCUGAUUUAAAUUCACGCGGUGUGGUAAUUGAGGAACUUCUCAGUUCAACCUUCUGGAUUUCUGGUCCAUCUUGGUUAAAACAACCAGAAGAGGAAUGGCCGAAAACGCCAGCCUCAAUUGAAACUGAGGAAGGGAUGCGUGUCAUUUACGCCCACGUAAAUAUCCCGAAAACAGAAUGGGAGGUACUCUCUCGCUUUUCGAGGUGGAGUCGUCUACUCUACGUGGUAGCAUAUUGUCUUCGGUUCUACCGAAUUUUGAAAGGUGAGAAGACAAUUGUAAGUGCGGUGGGUGGACGGACCGCGGACAUAAAACAUAGUGUAGAGGUAAGACUGAGUUCAGUGAUGACCAAUGCACCGCUGGUAAAAGCGAGUGGUUCACAAGAUUACCGACUACAAGCCGCCGAUGACAAGAAUCCCUUUAAAUGGAUUAUUCAAGGACAAUCGCUGGACGAUGCGAUUCGUCGAUUCUGGGAGAUAGAAUCUGUACCGGUGAAGGUACAGAAGACAAAAGACGAAGAGGAGUGCAACGCACACUUCUCUCAAACGGUGCAGCGAACGACGGACGGUCGGUUCGUAGUUCGGCUCCCGUUUAAAAAAUCGCAUCCGGAAUCGGAGCUGGGAGAGUCGCUGAGAAGCGCUCUCUCUGCGUUAUCGCGGCUUCGUAAAAAGUUGGAUGUCGAUAUGGCCCUCCUAACAGCUUACG